AUGUUAGAAGGAACGAGAGCCUUAGAAAUAGGAAAUGAGCGAUUAGACACCGGAUUGAUCAAAUUAAGACCCUCAGAGAUCUUAUUUGACAGUUCGAAGGGUCGGCCUAUGGACAAAGUGGCAGCAGUGAUGAACGAACUCCUCAAUUCAUUCAUGGCUUGGGUGAACGGUCUGGCCCUUCUGGUGACCAUGUUGAGUUGCCGUUAUGUCUAUGAUUUACUUGAAAAUUUCAAACGCAAUUAUAAGAUUGAAGAGGCCGAUUUCAUCAACACUCGAAUGCAUCCAAAAGGCUACACUCCUGAAGAUUCCGAAGAAUCUCAAUACGUCAACAUCGUGCUACGAGGAUACACCAUUGGUUUAAUUAAAGUUCUCUCCAUUUUUUUGAAAAUCGCAAUGGAUGUCUUGUAUGAAGAGGAGGAUAUUACAACUCGAAGCAUGGACCUCAAUUACUUCUGUACACUGUCUGUUGAGCAGGUCGAGGGUCCACUAGAUGAGGCCAUCUCAUAUCUCGAAAAGAAACCUCAUGUUCCAUUUCAGCGAGAAGCGCUCUUGCAUUUAAUGCUUGUUAAGAACUUGCUUAAAUUGUCGAUAUCAAUGAACGAAAGAGUGGAUUUGUUCAAUGCGAGAGAGACUCUAGAUGUUUCGCAUCUUCAUGAGAGUGUGGAGAUUCUAGACGAGCUCAGGACGUAUCAGUACGUUAGUCUUCCAGAAUCGCUGUUUUCAAGGUUUGUACAAGUGGACUGCAAUAAUCGCCAUAUUCCAACUUCAAAUGUUACGCUUUCCUCAACAGAAGCAAUUGAUAUUUUGAGGGGUAUUGUGACUUCGAUACAAGAAGUUUUGCUCCAAAUCCCCAACAUACAGAAUGAAGCACAAUUGAUUUUGUAUCUUCAACAUAGCAUUGGCGAAGAGAUGGCACAUUCUGCAAGCGCGAUUGUCAGAGGCUUUUUUCAAUUGUUCUUCAUCCGGGACGAUAAGUCGAUUUGCGGCCUGGACGAGACUGUUGGCUCUUUAGCACUUCGUAGCAUGAGCUCGCUCUGUCUUGUAGCGAACUCCAUUUCAGAUGUUGAUUCAUGGCACAUUGAAAAUACUUCAGACGCACUGACAGUAAGGAACGACUGUUUUGCGAAAGUUUCAUUACUUUUUGAUGACAUCGAUUCGGCGUUUUACCAAAAGUUGAGUGUCUACGGAAACAACCGUUGUCGCCAAAGGCAGCUUCUCAACAGGAAUCUUGUACUCUGGGACUCUUUACAGUACAACGCUGAGGUUGUAGAAAUGCAUCUAAGUGAAUACGGUAUCGGUGAUAAGCUUAUACAAGAAGGUGUUCCAGAUCAACCAUGCCUUGCUAUAAGCUCAUACAUUUACUAUGAAAAGUUAUGUAUGAUGACUGAAGUUGUUCUCACAGGUUUCGAACAGGAUACUUACCGCCCUUCCGAGGCCCAUAUGAUGUAUUGGUAUGCUAGUGAACUAUUUGCACAUACGCAUCAACAUCUUGCGGGUCGCUUAAAAGAAAUCAAUUCCAGCAAAUUGAAGUGGAUCAAUAAUAUGAGCAAGAAAAUCAAAAAGGCCAAGGGGCCAAAAAAGGAAGCUUUGCGUUCGACGCAAAAGAGAUUAGUGGAAGAGGCUGUACCUAUCUUGGAAGAAAACCUUGCAGCUAUUGAACAAUAUCUUGUGCCAGUGUCCAUGACUCAGUACUAUCUCUGCCGUGCUGUUUCCAUGUCUGUUCAGCUUCUCGAGCAUUUUGUCAAACUGCCUGAUACAAACUCGUCUCUAGCAACUCCAGAGAAAUUGUAUUCUCUUAGAAUGAAGCCAUGGUCAUCAAUUGGCACGCCAGAACUUCCUCCCUACGAAAGAUAUAAGGAAUCAAACAAUAUCCCGGAGACUCUCGCCAAGUACGAAGGUGAGGCGUUGUCCAGAAUGCUCAGCAAGAUCAUCACUAGCGUUGAGACGAAGCUUGACACGGUUAAAAAAUCAGUGGACACCGUGAUGGACAAUUUUGAAAAGGACGAAAAAAUCAAGGCUCGCUAUCAUUUCGAUGAUAACCGUUAUAUGAAAAAGUGGCAGAAGGAAGUUGUCUCUACCUGUGACUCAUAUUUGAAGGAGUUGGAAGCAUGCCGCCACUUCACUGGAACAGAAAAACACCGUUUGCGUUCAAAGAAGGGCCAUUCUCGUUUGUUUCCAAUUUAUUAUUUACAAGAAGUAUAA